AUGGCCUCACAACUCCUUCCCCUCGAGCUUAUCGACAAAUGUGUCGGGUCCAGGAUAUGGGUCAUCAUGAAGGGCGAGCGAGAGUUCAGCGGUACUCUGGUAGGCUUUGACGACUACGUCAACAUGGUGCUGGAAGAAGUGACCGAGUUUGACUACUCUGGUGGCCAAACCAAGAUGUCCAAGAUCUUGCUCAACGGCAACAACAUAUGCAUGCUUAUUCCAGGCGGAGAGGGACCAGUAUGA